AAAUAACACAAAUUUUAUAUUAAUUUUGUAAUCCUUGAAAAUAAUAGGCAAUUUUCUAACCGAUUGUUUGCACAGCUUUUACCGGAGAUUGGUGGGAAUCCAAACAUUUUUAUGUUACUGAAGGCUUGUGAUAACAAUGGACCAAAGGACUGUGCUAUGAUACCAUUAAAUCACUGUUUACACACACCAGGGGGUCCAUUGAAGUAUUCUCUUGAAGGACAUCAAUUUGCUGUAUUUGGAUUUGUUCUUACCAACGAUUUAAGAUAUAUGGUUUCGAUUUCUACACGUUUCAUAACAUGGGAUUUGUCAACAUCUGAUCUACAGCGCGACGUUAAUCCAGGAAUUGAGGGAAUAAUGCAGCAACUUAUAUUGAGCCCAGACAAUAAAUGGGCAGCAGCAUAUUCAAACAAUAAUCAAACAGUGUUACUUAACAUGCUUUCAAGUGAAUUUGUAAUAAUUGAAAACCCAUUCGGCGACGGUGAAUGUGUCACAGGAGUUUUUCUACUAAAUCAAAACUUAUUUAUUCACACAAAACGUAAAUGGGCGUCUUUUGAUAUGCGAGGCAACUUCAUUGGGCGAUUUGAUGUCGUAGACGUGAAUGAUGAAUGGGAAAUCUUGAUGAUGCAUAUGUUCGAGCCAACUAUAUAUCAUAUCAUUUAUUGGUCUGGACAGAUUACCAGUGGCCGCUUAAGAAUUGAUUCAUUUUCGAAUGGUUCUCAAACGGAUCCGCUUCUCUAUUACAGCGUAUUAACAUCAAAUAGGCAAUGGGAUCGCCUGUUUUGUUGCACAAAACCAGACAAUUUUUCAGUUUCAGAAUAUGAAUAUCAUUAUAAUGAAGACAAAAAUGCAUAUAUUUGGAAACAUUUACAAGAUCUUGAUUCUUAUGAUAAUUACGAAAAAGAACAACUGCUACAGUUGAAGCUAGAUCAAGGUGAUCGUUUUUUGAUUGGCACUGCUGGAAAAGGAUUCAUUGUAUGGGAUUUUAAUGAAGAAAGUCGAAUCGGAGUUGGAGCAAUUUAUUUACCAUUGCCACACGGUGUAAGGAACAUUUCAACAAAGAUGAUGACAUCAAACUCUAUGAUGAUAAGUUCGAAACUUGAUUACUCUGUGGCUGGUGUUCGGAAAAAUUUAUAUAUUUGGUGUUUGCAAACCCGACAAUUGGUUAAAGUAUUGGAUGCCCAUUUUGGGCGAAUAAUACAGUUAGAAGCAUUGACCAUAGGCAAUUGGAAUUGUGCUAUUACAUCAUCGAUUGAUCGUUCUGUUAAG